AUGGCCCAACUGAAUAGCCAUACUGUUGGGAAUGAGAAGCAGUCACUACCCCGCACAGCAUGGGCGGCAGCAUUGGAGCAACUGAGCCAAGAGGAUCGCGAGCAAUUCGCUUUGGCGGACACAGCUGGAAAAGAUAUGCAUCUUCUCUUGACAGAUGUCCUAAAAGCUGCCAACGAGAAGAAGAGUGAGUGCAUGAAGAAGCGUUGGAAGAUCACUAUCAAUGGGCGAGAAAUUGUGUUGCGCGAUGUUAUGGAGAAGAUAUCGGCUUGGGUCGAUAAGAUUCUUACGGUGGGCGACGUAGCCGUACAAUAUGACCCAGGGCAUGCUGCUCUGCCGUGGGCUGUUAUCCGGCUCAUUGUGCAAGCGACUGUCAGCGAUGCUGCGGUGUUUGGACAUGUCGCCAUGUCGAUUGAGAGUGUUACGAAUGUCAUAUCGACUUGUGCCAUUCUCGAGCUUCGAUAUUUGGGACGAGAAACCUCCAUUAGUGGCACCUAUAAACAGCUCUCAGAGGCUAUCGUCUCUCUAUACACAGCCGUUCUUCGAUAUCCAUCCGCUGUCCUUCACUAUUAUGGAGAUAGAACCACAGUUCGGUUCAUCAAGAGUGUUGCCACGUCCAAAGCAGACUUUGAAGAGAAGUUUGGUUGCAUGGAAAGCACCCGAAAGCAAGUUUGGGACCUCAUGCAUCUUGCUGAGGCGGAAAAGACGGAACAGAUACUGGAGUCUGUCAAAAGCAUCUCAGGAGAACUAAAGUCGCAAACCCUGGCCGAGUCCAAGCACUAUGAACGUCUGGAGAACAUUCUCAAGCAGCUCCAGGAGCCCAUCAGUCGACUCGGCACACUGUCCGCCAAUAUCCAGGAUGGGCUUGAAACCCCCACUCGCGGGCAGAUUUUGCGGUCCAUAUCUACCAUCCCGUAUCCCACCCAUCAUAAAACGGCGAAGAAAGGUCGUCUCGCCGGCUCUGGCCAGUGGCUACUCGCAAAGGAUCAGUAUAGGUCGUGGCGUAAGGAGAGCAGCUCGUCGGUUCUUUGGCUGCACGGGAUCCCGGGUAGCGGCAAGACGAAGCUGACGUCGCUUGUUAUCGAUGAUGUCAGUGGCUGCGAGAACUUGGCGUAUUUCUACUGCAUGCGAAACCCGGCUGAACCAGAACGAGGUCGUGGGGAGGCGAUUCUGGCUAGUCUUGUGCGGCAACUUGCGAGCGUCGGAUCUCGCGGGCCAAUCCUACCACCGGUUCUUGCCGAAUACGAAGACGCAAUCGACGGCAUGGCUGAAUUCGGGGACAUGGCCUGGACAAUGGAAGAGUCGGAGAGAGUUCUUUUUGACCUUUUGGGCCAGUAUCCCACGGCGUCUCUGGUUCUGGACGCCCUAGACGAAGUGAACCGAGAUGAUCGCCAAGAACUGCUCGAUGUCCUCAGCCGCCUGCUUCAAGAGUCUCCAAAUAUCCUAAAGGUUUUCAUUUCAAGCAGAGACAACCUUGACAUCGCACUCUCCUUAAAGGGGUCGCCAAAUGUCUACAUCGAAGCCGAGGACAAUGCGAGAGAUAUUUCGUCGUUCAUCGACGAGAGAUUAGACAAGGCGCGGCUUUUGCACGGCAAGCUCUCUGAUGCGCUGCGGACCAAUAUUAGGCAAACCCUUCUCGAUGGCGCUAGGGGAAUGUUCCGAUGGGUAGAGCUUCAGAUCCAGUCUCUCCUUCCGCUGAAAGUCGCAGCUGAUGUCGAAGCACGCCUCGGCUCUCUGCCCGCCACCCUAGAGGGCUCCUACUGGGAGGUUUAUAGGCAGAUUAUGGAAUCCGGAGAGCAUGCUUCCAAGCUGGCCGUCUUCACUUUCCAAUGGCUGAUGUAUGCUCGAGAGACUGUAACGAUCGAUGCAUUCGCCGAUAUCUCGUCGGUUGCGUUAUCGUCGCCAGGAGGUGAACCCCACGCCAGCUUCACCGGCAGAGAAGUUAUUGACGUCUGUGCGAACCUGGUUGUUCGGCGGAAAGCAUCGUUUGAGCUUGCCCAUUUAUCAGUUCGUGAGUUUCUCGAAGGCCUCAAUCAUCGGAACGUGGAUACAUUUCUCUCAACCAGCAGCAACGCCUUCAUCGCUUGCGCAUGCCUACGGCACUUAACUCGCAAGAUCGACGCAGCCAUUGAGGCCCCUCAGGAUCUGGAGGAGGUGUCCAAUAGCGCUCGGUCAAAGGCGAAAUUGCCGCAAAUAGAAGCAAAUGCCAACAACAGUGUCUUCCGAAUAGGUUGCCACAGGAAAUUACAAUUCAAAGUCGACGCAACCGUCCUAGCGGCUUUUCAGAAGCUUGUUGACAGGGUGAAAAGGGGCGAGCAUGACAGGAAAGUGCCUGAAGUAGAAAUGGAAGAUGACAACAACGGUGGCAUCCAAAUUUGUUGCGCGUGUAUGCAGGAUUUGCCUUGCGAUAUUGAUGCAACCGUUGCGAUGGCGUUGAAUAUGCUUAGGGAAGAGGCGAACAAGUCCGAUAUGGAAUCGAAAGGACCAGAAACGACAAUAGGCGAUACUAAAGUAAUAGUAACACAUGAGGUGCCUACAAAUGCGUUGGAAGUGGAAAACGGAGGGGAAAACCAGGAAGGCGAAACUGACCAAGAAACAAAUGAUAUUGGGAAGAAAGAGGAAGGAAAGGAAGGAAAGGAAGGAAAGGAAGACGGAACAACGGGAGCUCUUAGUGUUUCACAGGAAAACGUGGAGCAAGAAGAUGCUGCCACUUCUCGGUUGCGAGAACGCGUCGCUCGCGCCCUCAUCAUCCAGGACCGUUGGGACGAUGUCUAUUACGUCGCUAGAUACUGGGUCUACCACGCUGACCGGAGCGAGGUUUUCAGGAGAUCCGAUCCAUUGCUGCCUCUCCUCCGAUCGUUUCUCGUUAGCGACUCGAACAAUUUUUCAAAGAAUUUCGCAAUCUGGUGUAGACUCAUUCGAAUUUACGAUAGGGACUUCAAACACAUGGGGUACGAAGUGGAAGACCUAAAACUGCGAGAUGCCACUCGGACACCCUACAAUCCAAUGUGGCUCGCAUGCUUGAACAACUGGAUCGACGUUGUCGAAUACCUUUAUACAGUGGGGUACAAAGACAGAGAUAAGUCUUGGCCCCCGCGUCCGGAAAACUUCUGGGCAUACUCGUCACAUGUCUGGGAGGCAGAGAACAACCCUGGGAGGCCCGAAGGCGGUAGUACCCCGCUGUGGUACGCACUAUACAGCGACAAUCUCGAGCUCGCCAACUGCAUCCUUCGAUGUAGCUCCGAAUAUACGCCGGCUAGCCUCCCCGGCAGCAUUGCGCCUCAAAGCCUGCGCUCCCUUCUUGAGAAAGCGGCGAGGAUGAAUCGGAAGGGGUUUGUAUCGCUAUUCCUCAGCAGAGACCAUGGCGGACAAGAGGCCGAAGGACGGGCAUUUGUUGCGGCAGCAUCGAAGGGUUUGCAAGGUCUGCUCGAGGUUUUGUUGGAGCAUAAUGCCGACGUCAUGUCUUCACAUGGGAGCCAGGCUCUUGCCGCGGCUGUAGAAAAACGGCACGCCGAGUGCGUUGCCUUUCUACUCGACGGAGCAAGGGGCUUGUCCGUGCCGGGGCCGGUCGGGGACUCCACUCUCUGCUCCGUAGCGCGAACUCAGGACGCUGGCGUCAUGCGCAUCCUGCUCGAGAAUUCAAUCGGCCUAGGAGGAAUGUCCAAGGCGCUCAUAAUAUCCGUGUCAGACGGCGACGAGGAAUCAGCUGGACUGCUGCUUGCGCAUGGAGCACGGAGAGAAGGGCCGGCCGUCGUCAACGCCAUCCGCGCCGAUACGCCGACGGCGGCGAUGAGGCUGAUCGGAGCGGGGUUCGACGUCCAUGGCCGAUACCUGGGGCACUACCGUUCGGCUCUGCACUUCGCGGUAGACAAGGGCUUUGCCGAGGUCGCGCAGGCGCUUCUGGAUCAGGGGGCUGCUGUCAACGCCAGGGACCGCAACCGGCAGACACCGUUGCAUCUAGGAGCAUGCAAAGGGCGAGAAGAAUGCGUGCGGAUUCUUCUCGAAGCUGGAGCGGAUGUGUUGGCGGAGGAUCGGGAGGGAAAGAUUCCGCUCGACUAUGCGGAGACUCCGGGGAGAGAAGCGGCCGAGUCAUUGAUUAGGGAAGCCAUGGUGCGAUUACUAGAGGAGUUGCAGGCGAAGGAGAGAGCAACCGGUGUUGUCCCCGAGGACCAGCACUUUGAAGAAUCGCCGUCGGAGCUUCUGGGCAUCAGAAGCCCACCCAACGUGGGGAAAAGCUCGCUUAUAAACGCGCCAUCCCAAACUAACCUCUCCGUUUUGGCAAGGACUUCUGGCCGCUACUGUACAACCUUUGGCCAACUAGCCUUUACAGAAAAUGCGGCCGCUGAACCUGCCCACUAUUAUAUAGAGUGGCUAAAGAAAUCGCCUUUGGUACCUGAUUGCAGUGAGGUGGGCGACGAAGUGCAUGUUCUCAGUGGGGCUACAGUACCAUUCAUUCUGAGGCACAGGAAGGAGAAGUUGUCGACAGUCACCGACGAAGCUAAAGGGCGGGUAUUUGUGCUGGUUGGCGACGCUUAUAUCCAUGGCGUCAUGGAGGGCGAGGCUGCUGAAGCAGCUAGUUAUCCUGAUGACUAG